UCUCACCUGCUCCUCUGUCUGCUCACCCUCAACCCACCAGAAACAUGGGCUGCUGUGGUUGCUCUGGAGGCCGUGGCUCUGGCUGUGGGGGCUGUGGCUCCGGCUGUGGGGGCUGUGGCUCCAGCUGCUGUGUGCCUGUCUGCUGCUGCAAGCCCGUGUGCUGCUGUGUGCCAGCCUGUUCCUGCUCCAGCUGUGGCUCCUGUGGGGGCUCCAAGGGGGGCUGUGGCUCCUGCGGAAGCUCUAAGGGAGGCUGUGGCUGUGGCUCCUGUGGGGGCUCCAAGGGAGGCUGUGGCUCUUGUGGCUGCUGCCAGUCCAGCUGCUGCAAGCCCUGCUGCUCCUCAGGCUGUGGGUCCUCCUGCUGCCAGUCCAGCUGCUGCAAGCCCUGCUGUUGCCAGUCCAGCUGCUGCAAGCCCUGCUGCUCCUCAGGCUGUGGGUCAUCCUGCUGCCAGUCCAGCUGCUGCAAGCCCUGCUGCUCCUCAGGCUGUGGGUCAUCCUGCUGCCAGUCCAGUUGCUGCAAGCCCUGCUGUUCCCAGUCCAGCUGCUGCAAGCCCUGCUGUUCCUCAGGCUGUGGGUCCUCCUGCUGCCAGUCCAGCUGCUGCAAGCCUUGCUGCUCCUCAGGCUGUGGGUCAUCCUGCUGCCAGUCCAGCUGCUGCAAGCCCUGCUGCUCCCAGUCCAGCUGCUGUGUCCCCGUGUGCUGCCAGUGCAAGAUCUGAGGCUCUAGAGAGAAAUCUCAGGUAGCUCCUGAAGAUCUCUUCUUCAGGAGCGUUCUACCUCUGAUGCAUAUCCUGUCCCAGAGCUGAACAAUGAGUCUCCUGGCUCAGGGCUUCUUGUUCCAGCCCUUGAGGAAGUGGAAUGAACCACUCCCUGCCCAUUCCCUAUAAGGGCAUCCCAUGACCCAGGCACUUUUGCCCCUCCUUCCCACAUGCCCCCAUAUGUCUGAGCCAGACUGCACCUGAACAGGGCCCUCAUGUCAAGGAGACACCUGGAAUUCCCCUCCCUAAUUCCAUUGGAGAGAACAAACUUUUCUUUCCUGUGUCUGCCAGGAGUUCCAUGACAUUUGCAGAUGGAUGUCCUGUAACGUGAAUGAUCAUGUGUAUCUAUGGAAAUCCAAAAUGGAUCUGGGCACAGCACUAAAUAAAUUCUCCCC